AUGUCAUCAAAUGCCUCUCGUUUACCUUCGCGACUCCCUAUCAAUGUCACCGCCAUGACAAAUGAGAUUUCAGCUGGACAGCAAGCUUUAACGAUUUCAAAACUGCAAAGGCCCAGUUCAUUAGAUACGAAACUAAAGCUUCCUUCGGCUGGAAUUAAAAACUUAACCUUUACCCAUCCAUCUUCGACGCAGCAUAAUGUUGAACCCACUCGUCUAAGAAAACCACUCAAGUUAAACAACAGGGCAACGCAAAGGAACGAAAAUAAUUUUACUAGUUUAGCAGGAAUGCAACCAUUACACGAGAAAUUCUCUCACCAAAAGAACUUAUUCCAUCGAAAAAAGAUCCAUUCCUUGAAUCUACGAUCUCGUAACCUUUCCCCAAAGAAAACCAAAGAGGAUGAACUUCGCGUGGAAAACUUCCAACUACGCAUCGAGCUUGAAAAACUCCGUAACGAAAAGAACAUGAUUUUAGCCGAGAAAGAGAAAUUACAAGCUGAAAAAAUGGGGUUAACGCAGGAAAUAG